AUGUGGAGGUCCAAAUUGCCGUUUAGACUUCAUGCCAAGUGGGCCAUUGUUGGCGGCGUGGUGAUGGUGAUUCUGCAAAUCUUGUAUUUUCUCCAUCGAAACCACGCUCUGCCCGGACAAGCCGCCUCGUUCCAUCGGCAAGAGAUCGUCUACAAGCUGUCGACCCUCACCGACGCGUACACAUCUACCGCCCGCAAUGCCAGCGUGGGUCUGGUUCUGGCCUCGAUUCAUACGGAUGAUCUAACAUGGCUGUUGGAUUACUGCUCCGAAAGUGACAGUAUCCCCUUUGUGUUUUCCACCGAACAACCGCCGCGACAGAACCUCCUCGAGCCUGCGACAUGGCGCGGCCGCGAAGCCGCCGCGUACUUGUCCUACAUUGUCCGGUUUUACGAUCGCCUCCCCGCCUACUCCAUCUUCGUCCACGCCUUCGCCGAACAAUGGCACAAUGAUCUCUUCGGCCCCAACACGAUCAACACCCUGCGCAACAUCCGCUUCCAGGCUGUCGACGCACACGGCUACGUCAACCUUCGCUGCCAACAUAAUCCCGGCUGUCCAAUGGCCGUCAACCCGAACAGCCCGAGCGCCAGCGACCUUCAAAAUAACGAUAUCCGCGCCAAAUUUGCCCAGGCAUACCAGCAGUUAUUUGCCGUGAAUGCCGACCAAGUGCCCGACACCAUUGGGAACGUUUGUUGUGGACAAUUUGCCGUGUCGCGUGAUCGGAUCCGCGCGCGACCCAAGGAAGACUAUGAGCGGAUUCUCGAGUGGAUGGCCACGACGGAACUGACGGAUAAUUUCGGCGUGGGUUGGGUGAUGGAGAAGGUGUGGCAUAUCGUGUUUGGAAUGGAACCUGUCUAG